AUGUCAGAAGAAACAGUUAUGUCUAUGAAUGAUCAGGCAAUUAAAAUUGAACCACUAGAAUUUUCAGAGGAAGACAUUAAAUCCGAAGUUGUGGAGGAAUUAGAUGUUCUUGAUGUUAAAUCUGAAUUGUGUUCUGAGAAAGAUGAAUCGUAUUUAGAAAGAUUCAUUAAUUCCGAGGUGACAAUAAAAGAAGAAGUCAAAGAGGAGUCAAUCGAGACAUCCAUAUAUAAAUGUGGAAUUUGUAAUCAAUCAUUUGCAGAAUCAGAUCAUUUAAAAGAGCAUAUGGUCGAUCACCUGCCUAGUCACAGCAAAAAACGCCUUUUUAAAUGCGAAAUCUGCCACAAGACUUUCAAACUAUCAAAAGGAUUGAAAUCACAUAUGAUUACACAUUCUGAAGUCUGCUCUUUCAAAUGUGACGUAUGCAGUAAAACAUUCAGACAAUCAAUUGCUUUAAAAACUCAUUUACUAACUCACAAUAACGUUCGCUCCCAUGAAUGCAGUAUAUGCAAUAAGACAUUCACACAAUUCAGUAGUCUAAAAAAUCACAUGCUAAUUCACAGUGGAGUACGGCCCCAUGAAUGCAACACUUGUAAUAAAAAAUUCACAGAAUUAGGUAGUCUGAAAAAGCACAUGGUCAUUCACAGUGGUGAGCGCCCCUAUGAUUGCAAUAUAUGCAACAAGACUUUCACAGAACUAAGUAAUCUGAAACGUCACAUGGUCAUUCACAGUGGUGAGCGUCCUUAUAAAUGCAGCAUGUGCAAGAAGACAUUCAGACAAUCAAGUUGUCUGAAAAGUCACAUGAUGAUACACAACGGGGUACGACCUCAUGAAUGCAACAUUUGUAAUAAGACAUUCACAGAAUUAAGUAAUCUAAAACAUCACAUGGUGGUGCAUAGUGAAGCGAGCCCCCAUGAAUGCAGUAUAUGCAAUAAGUCAUUCAAGCUGUUAGGUAAUAUGAAACGACACAUGGUCAUUCACAGUGAUGAGCGCCCCUAUGAAUGCAGUACAUGCACAAAGACAUUCACACAAUCAAGUGAUCUGAAAAUUCACAUGAUGAUUCAUAAUGGAGUACGACCCUAUGAAUGCAAUAUUUGUAAUAAGACAUUCACACAAUCAAGUACUCAGAAAAGACACAUGGCAUUUCAUAGUCGGAAACGUGAUGGAAAUUAA